AUCAGAGAGCAGCAGCAGCUCGGUGAGAGCGGACUCUCUCUGAGACACCGUCUGAAUAGCUGAGAUUACGGAUUACAGACUCUAAACUGAGCCUCCGGGGGUCAGGCUCCAGAGGAGACGGAGCUCCGAGCACCCGGAUUGACAGAGGAGUUCUGCGGGUUUGUUGAUGAGCUAACAGUUAGCCACUUAGCUUCCUGUGUUAGCCUGCUGUUUGUUAUUUAUCUGCUUCCGCAAGUCGAUUGGCAGGAACCCUCCCCCCAGCCGACAUGAGGCCCCCGGGCUGGGGCCCUGCUCCCCCCGGUGGAUGGCCCAUGCCGCCUGAUGAGUGGCCCCCCCCCCCCUCCUGGAGGAUGGGGCCCCCCUCCGCCGCGCGGCUGGGGUCCGGGACCCCCGUCUCCCCCCCCCGCCGGGUUGGGGACUCCACCACCCUCACCCCGAGGAUUGGUUGCCCCCCACACAUCCAGACGACUUCAGACGGCCCUUCCCCGAGGACUGGAGGCCCCCCCACACUGAUUACUGGAGGCCCCCCCAUCCGGAAGACUUUAGGUCCCACCACCCAGAAGACUUCAGACCCCCCCACCCAGAGGACUUCAGACCCCCCCACCCAGAAGACUGGAGACUUCCCCCGGGCUGGGCCCCCCACGGCUGGGGCCUUGAGCGCCCCCCCGACCUCUGGGGCCCAGAGCCUCUCCCCCCGGGCCAGGUGCCUCCUCUGGACCCCUCGGCCUAUAUGCCUGUGACUGUUCCUCCGGUUCCCCCACCCAGCUGCGUGCCCCCCCCUGGGUUCCAGGCCUACCCUCCCCCUGGCUGGAUAGCAGAGGCCGUGGCGGAGGAGCCCUUGCAGAACCCCCCCCCUGACCAGCCGGAGUGGAUUAGAGCACUGAUAUCAGCCCCUGUCUCUGAGGCUUCGGGGGCCACUAAGGGCCCCUCAGAGGAGCCGACCCUCACUACAGCUGCUGAGCCGCUCGCCCCCCCGAAGCCCAGACCCGAACCCACCAAGACCAACAGAGCGCUCGGCCUUCUGGGAAAACGCACCUUUGACAAGCCUCCUCCAGGGCGCUCCACGGGCAUCCUCUCCUUCAUCGGGCCCAGCUUCGGCUACAUCGAGCGGGAGGAUCUGGAGAAAUUCAGCUUCAGCUUCGCCGCCUUCUUCGGAAACCCCAAAGCUCUGAGGCCGGGGGUCCGGGUCCACUUCACUGCCUGCAAGGAGAAGCCAGGCGUCCUGAUCGCCACGGAUGUGAAGGUGGCGCCGGGGGGGACGGAGAACGUGGACACGGAGAUCUACGAGGCUGUGGUCAGCCAGCCAAUCCCAGAAGCUGAGCCCGGGAAGCGGCAGCUCCCAGGGAAGGUGUACGUGGACAUCGGGCCGCUGAGGACCAGCCUUUCCUUCGAGAGGAAGGACAGCACGGUGACGCUGCUGCACAACGACCAGGUGCUCAUCAACCUGCUGAGCGACAUUGUGACAGAGAGGAGGGCGGCCACCAACAUCAAGCCCAAGAUCCCGUCCACCUUCAGCUUCACCAAGGAGAAGAGGGAGCAGGGAGUCAUCCUCAGUCUGGAGGACGGCAGAGGACUCAUCCGGUCCCAGGAGCACGGAGAGCUGCCCUUCAACUGCAGAGAGAACUUCAGCGACGUGGACUUCACCUCUGAGGACGUGGGCGAGGAGGUGGAGUUCACCCUCAUCACGACCGGGCCCAAGCAGGCCGGCAGGAUCCGCCGGGUCAAUGAGCCGCUGCUGCUCACGCUCUCUGCCGCCGCCGCCGCCAUCUCACAGGAAGCACAGAUCUGCGGUGCCGACGGAGACUCCGCGCCGCUUGCAGGGAAGACCAGCAUCAGGACGGAGGUCGGGCCCAACAUGGUGCUGGACCAGGAGCUGUACGAAGGCAUCGUCAGCCAGCCCAUCAUCGAGCCCACGCCCUCCAUGAAGGGAUUCCCGGGUCAGAUCCAUGCCAACAUCGGGCCGGUCAGCACCAACGUGACCUUUGACCACCGGGACUGUGGUGUCACACUGCUGAAGAACGACCACGUGCUCAUCAACCUGCUGGUGGAUCAGGUGACCCGCCGCAGGAGGGCCGCCAACAUCAAGCCCAAGAUCCCCUUCACCUUCAGCUACACCAAGGAGAAGAGAGAGAGGGGCACCAUCACCUUCCUGGGUCCGGAGGAGGGGAUCCUCCGCAGCGAAGACCACAGGGAGCUCCCCUUCAGCCUCUUGGAGAACUUCACGGAUGUAGAGUUCAGCAGCAGAGACAUACACUCGGAGGUGGAGUUCACCGUGACCUUGGUGAAGUCUCAGAAGAGAGCCAUCAGGCUGCUGAGGCUGAAGAGGGUGGAGGAUCCCAUCCUGGAAGAGCAGAAGAGACGGGAGGAGGAGGAGAAGAGGAAGAAGAAAGAGGAAGAAGAGAGGAGGAAACAAGAGGAGGAGGACGGGAAGAGGAGGGAGGAAGAGGUGAGGGUAAAGCUGAGGGAGGCAGAGAGGAAGAGGAGGGAGGAGGUGGCACUGGCGCUGGCAACGGCCAAAGGAAAAUGGACGCCGCUGGGUUUCCUCUACAGGAAGCUUGACUCGAUGCUGGACAUCAGUAAGGAGCGUUUCCAGGGCACCGUCCUCAAAGCCCUGUCCAAAGACCCCCGUAAGGACAUCAAGAAAGAGCCAGAGGAGACGAAGGAGGAUGGAGGACAGACGUCUCCUGCAUUGGUCAAAGUGAAAGAGGAGAACCUAGAUGAGGAGGAUCAGAAGAAAAAGGAGGUGGAGCAGAAGAAGGAGGAAGUGGAGGAGCAGAAGGAGGAAGAGGAGGGAAAGCAGGAUCUGAAGAAGGAAGAGGCGGUGAUGAAGAGCGAGGCGGGGCAGGAGGGAGGAGCAGUGACUGGCCGGUUGGUGACCACCAUCAACGGCGAGCAGAAGCUGCUCACCUUUGGGCCCGAAGACAUGAUCAGCACCGCCACCAUGCUGGACGGAGACAAGGUGCGUUUCAACAUCGCCACCCACCAGGAGACCAAAGAGGAGCAAGCGAUGUACGUGGAGAUCCUGCCCGACUCGUUCGAGGAAUCCACGGAGCAGCGGAGACACGGCCUCGUCAUCGAGCUCUCUCCGGCCACCGGCCUCAUCAAGUGCUCCCAGAAUCCUCAGCUGUACUUCCACAUGUGUGAGGUGAUCGAGAAGAAGAGGCUGGAGCUCAACGAGAAGGUGGAGUUCAGCGUGGUCCCACAUGAGACAGCAGAGGGGGGGAACCAGGCCAUCCGGAUCAAGCGCUUCACAGAGAGCGUUUUCCUCCCGGCCCGGAAACUGUGCGCCGCCGGCAUAGCCAAGGGGAAGAUGACCAUCAAGCUGGCCAAAGCUUCAGAAGCCACUGAGAAAGACCAACCAGAGACAGACAAGAUGAAGGCGGUGGUGAAAAACCUCCGAACGCAGGACAGCAAGACCAGGAAGGAGUACGGUGCCUCGCGGCGAAGAUACGGCAGGAGCAGGAGUAAAAGCAGGAGUCCAAGUAGGAGUCGGGCUAGGAGCAGGAGUCCCGGUAAGAGUCGGGCCAGGAGUCCGGGUAGGAAUAGUGCUAGGAGCAGGAGUAAAAGCAGGAGCAGGAGUCCCGGUAGGAGUCGGGCCAGAAGCAGGAGUCCAGUGAAGAGUAGGGCUAAGAGUAAAAGUAAGAGUCCGCCCAGGGACCAGUUCGGACGACUCAUCAAAAAGAGACGCAGCACCAGCGCCGAACGUAGAGGCAGCCGGUUGAGGAGAAGCGGGAGCCGGGAAAGAUCCAGCCGGCGGUCCAAGAGCUCCAGCAGGAGUCGCAGCCGGAGCCGGGAGAGGGUCAAGGAGGUGAAGAAGAGGAGCAUCAUCAGUAGAGAUGAAGCUCUGAAGAGGAGGAGAGAGCCGAGUCCUCCCCCCCGACGAGGAGGAGUGGUGGACGAUGAGCUGGCGAGGAAGAAGCGAGAGCUGGAGGAGCUGAAUGACAUGAUCGCCUACAAGAAGUCUCUGGUGGACCUGGACCCCGGACAGAGGACCUGUAUAGACUACGACCACGGCAGGAUCUCCGUCCCGCUCACAGAGUACAAACCGGUCCGGUCCAUUCUGAAAAGACGAUCAGAGGGGCCCGAUUACCCACAGCGUCUUCCUCACCCAUACGACGAUCUGAAGUGUGACCGGCCGUACUGCGCUUACCCCGACCGGCAGUACCCGGAUCGCUACGGGGAACCCUACACUGCGGGGUCAUACCCCGACCGCCCAUACGCUGAGCGUCCCUACAUUGACCCCCAUCGAGUCUAUGGCGAACCGGCCUAUGCUGGCCCUUCGUCUGCCGGCCAACGCUACACCGACCGCUACGAUGUUUACGACGAGCCCCAUGGAGACCGCUACUAUGACCCGGCCUACGCAGAGCGGCGGUACGAGGAUCCAUACCGGAGCCAGUCUUCAGAACGCCCAGAUCCCUCACCUGGUUCUCAGUCUGGACACCUCCCGGCUGCCUCCACCCAGCCUCCCUUGACGCAAACCCCUGCCACUUCCUCUUCCCAACACUCUUUCAGACCUCCUUCCCCCUCAGAUUCGCCCCCCAGAAGCCCCUCCCCAAAACAAUGUCUGGCACCCCACGCAGCGAAGCAGCCUCUGGACAGAUUCCUCGACAUGCUCAAUAAGAAGGUGGAUGUUGUGAAGCAAAAAGAACCGGUUCCUUUGAUGGAUGACCUUCUGCCUCAUGAGAGGGCGCUUCAGGACGGCAGAGGCUUCUCUCGGAUCGUGGGAAUGGUGCAAGAGCAAACCGGCAGCAGUCUCGUUCGGGAUCAGAAAAAGACAAGCCCAAAACGCUCCUCAGUAGAGAGAACAAAUCAGGAACUGAAGAACGCUGCAGAACCCUACGACAAGAUCCAGAGUCUGCUGCGUACAAUCGGCUUGAAGCUGAGCACUGGUGACAUGUCCAAACUGGCCAGCCGAGCCCAGGAGAAGAUCUACAGCCCCAAGUCCUUAUCCACAGAAAGAGAGACGCUGUCGUCCCCGAGGGAGGAACAGCAGCCAAGUAGAACAGGUUCCGUUGAAUCAGAUCACAUCCACUCCCCCUCACCAGCCAGGUCCUCCAGUCUGGAGCCUCGCAGCCAAUCCAGAGCCGUCUCUGAGUAUGAAGGGUUCCUGGACCAGAAAGAGCUGGAGGCUCUUCAGAAGGCCCAGCAGCUGCAGAGUCUUACCCAGACCAUGAGGAAAAACAACUCCCCCACUCCCCCUCCUGGGCCUCCGCCAACCCACUUCCAACGCCCCCCCGUACCGGUCAACUGGCCCCUUGGGAUCACGACCCAUAUUCCCCCUGAACAGACCUCCACCCCCCGCAGCAUGGGGACUCCAUCUCCUCCUGCAGCUUGCAUCCAGACAUUCGGGCUUACCCCUGGACCUCCUCCACGGCAUCCCUCACAUCCUCCUCCAGGACUGCCUCCUGGACCUCCACCACGGCGCCUUCCCGGACAACCUCCGUUGGCUCCACCCCCUUGCACUCCAGUCUUUCCCUUUAUGGGCCAGCCUCCCUCAGAUCCCCCCCUUGUCUCCCCUGGUUCUGUGCCGUCUUCCCACGCCGCUGUAGAUUCAGUACCAACGUCCAGUCCUGCCGACACUCACCAGUCCACCAUCUCUACGACGGUGGCCCGGUGCCUGAAGGUCAUAGAGACGGUUAAGUCUCUGGCCGUGCAACAGCCCGCCAAGCCGGUCAAAUCUGUGCAGUUCAGUUUACCGAGCGUCUCCCCUUCUCCGUCCAGCUCUCAGACCUCCACAGACGACGAUAUAAAGAACAAGCAGAAGGAGAAGCUGGAUUUGUAUAACCAGAGGGUUUUGGAGAAGCGGGAGCAGCACUACAGGAACUGGUUAGCCCGCAAGAAAGAGUUCAGAGACCAGCGGCUCGUCCCAGGCCUCCCAUUCAGCGAUCCGAAGAACGUCUGGAUCUGCGGACACUCUCUGGUUUACUGGGCCGAGUCCCGGGCCAAGUCCCCGGAGGUGGGCAUGCAGCUGGGCAUGGACCCCAGCCGGGUGACUGUGGGUUGGAAGGGGACCCAGGGCAUGACGUGGUCCCAGCUGCUGCCCCAGCUGCACCAGCUGAAGGUCACCUGGCCCAACCCCGACGUGCUCAUCAUGCACCUGGGGGGCAACGACCUGAGCACUGACUCACCCACCGACCUGCUGGCCUCCGUCAAGAAGGACCUGACUUCCAUGAGGAGCAUCUUCCCUUCCUGCCUGCUGGUAUGGUCCUACAUUCUGCCCCGGCGGGUGUGGCGCCACUCGGCCGACAGUCAGGAGGUGGACCUGGUCCGCUGCACCGUCAACCGCCGCAUCCACAGCAUCGUGUCGGAGCUGGGGGGAGCCUCGCUGACCCACGAAAACAUCCGCUGCGGUGCCAACACCGGGCUGUACCGCGCGGACGGUGUCCACCUGUCGCCCAAAGGCAUCGACGUGUUCAACCUCAACCUGCAGGACUUCCUGGAGCGCUGGGAGGCGGAGCUUACCGAGAAGAGCUGAGGCCCCGCCCCUUCCUGUAUGAUCACAGCCCGGCGGCACCGCAGGUCAUCGAUUUUAGUUUGAACACGAGGAGCUUCAGGAUUCCUCAUGAUACACUUUGUCUCUGAGUACCUUAAAGCAUUUCUCUUUAGAAUAAAUCAAACCUGCUGUCUUCCUUUCCCUCAUUUGUUCCUGAUGAUAGACAUGUUGAGGCUGCAGGUAAGAAGUCCUUUACUCUUCAUCUUCUGACCAAUGUUUCUGUCUGAUUCAAACUAAUAAAGUUAUCAAUUCCA